UUUACCCAUAAAAUAAUAAAAAUGAAUCCUGGUAGUAAGGGCAGGUGACUCUUUUAAUUGGAUCACUGUGGAGAUAUUUGGUAUGCGUGUCACAGCAAAAGUUAGUUUUAGUUGUUUUGUUUACGUGCCCUAAUUUUGAUUUGAUUUGAUUUGGGAACUCUUACGCUCAAGAGAAUCAGUAGUAAGAAAAUGAAGAAAUCAGAAGAAGAAGAAGAAGAAAAAUGUGGUUUCAUAUUCAUGUGCAAUGGCUCGACCAAACCCCAAUGCUUUCUUUACCGUGUUUUCGGGCUACCCAUGGCUCAACAACUAGCAGUCCUUCAGAUUAAAGCCGGUGCCAAGCUUUUUCUUUACGACUUUGAUGUGAAGCUUCUUUAUGGUGUCUACGAGGCCACUUCAGUUGGUGCUCUCAACUUGGAACCCACUGCCUUUCAUGGAAAAUUCCCUGCCCAGGUCAAGUUCAAGAUUUUCAAGGAAUGUUUACCUCUUCCCGAGAGGGUUUUCAAAGCUGCAAUUAUUGACAAUUACCAGGGUUCAAGGUUUAAACAACUACUUAGUAGUGCACAGGUGAAUGCUCUCAUCUCAUUGUUCCCCCCUCUUCAUUCGAUACCACCUACUUAUAAUGGGCCACCAUUUCUUUCCAAUGCGGCAACACCCCAAGAAAGGUUCCACUUCCACCACCAACUAACCACUCCGCCUCGCUUACCUGGGGUUGCAGUGCACCACGUUCCUCAGUCCCAAAUACCUGCUGAUAAUAGACUUGAACAUGUAGUUGCACCUCCGAAGCAUCCUCAAUAUGUACCCCAAAUAACCCUUCGAACUCCAAUGCAUCAACAAAGAUACGUGAUAAAGCAGCCUGCUCUGCCUCAUAAUGCAGCGUUAUAUCAACAAAGACAAGAGUCAUACUUGCCUCAAAAUUCUUCCUCAAAUUUGCAAGAUCCAUAUCUAAGAUAUAUUCGCGAAUUUGAGAUGGUGCAUAGGCCUUCUGCUGUAGAAUAUGCAAGUGGCUACGCAAUUCCUCAGUUACCACAGCAGGGAGAGAACGAGGAUAUCCCUAAAUCUAAUUAUGUGGCUGAAUAUGGUGGUCAACAUUUGCCAACUACGACCUCACAUAUUUCUUUCUACUCGCAUUCUUUGCCCCAAUCGAUCACACCAUCACUUCCUCCUGCUCAUGGACAAGUUGAGUUGCCAGUGUUUCACGAACCUUAUUAUCCUACAUCAAUCCGUGAUAAUCCGAGCCAGAUCUAUAAUGAUCCUCUGCAAAGGCUCUUACCUGGAAGUUCUCGGGCAAAUGCUGCAGCCCCUUCUCAUGUUUCAUUUGUUGGAGCAGCACCAACAUACCGUUGAGUGGAAAUUGGAUAUUAUAACUGACCUGGUAUUGCUUUUUUAUUUUUUUUUUGCUUGUAUGAUUCACACAACACACACCUCAUGCAUCCAUUUAUGUACAUCUUGGUAGGCAUGCCUAUGCUCAAAGCCAUUUUUUAUUCUAGCUGGAAAGCAAACUUCAAGCUUCCAUGACCUGUUUUUUGUGUGUAAGCAUACACUUGCUGCAACUGUGUAUAGUUAUGACCUAUGUAAACUUUGGCCUCGUGAUCCUAAGAAAUGUGGUACAGACCAUAUAGACAUCGUGGUUGAUGAUUUUAGUUCUUUAUACCUGUAUCUACAUCUUUGAUGGUGUUUACUAAGAGUUCGAUUAUGUUAACUAAUGAUUAGAUAAAUUAUACCAGAAUGAAUUCUCUUU